AAGUUGGCUGCUCAGGACUUUCCUGGAGCAGAUUUCCCUGAGAUGCACACCUCUCUCCAACUCAAGAAGACCCUAUUGGGGUGAGUGCGGCAUUAAUCGUGUGCUUCUGGCCUGUCUUACAGGGAUUUGAAACUGGAUAACAUCCUUCUGGAUGCAGAAGGUCACUGCAAGCUGGCCGACUUUGGGAUGUGCAAGGAAGGGAUUCUAAAUGGUGUGACGACCACCACAUUCUGUGGGACUCCUGACUACAUCGCUCCCGAGAUCCUGCAGGAGCUGGAGUACGGCCCCUCGGUGGACUGGUGGGCGCUGGGGGUGCUGAUGUACGAGAUGAUGGCUGGGCAGCCCCCGUUCGAGGCCGACAACGAGGAUGACCUGUUUGAGUCCAUCCUCCAUGACGACGUGCUCUACCCCGUCUGGCUCAGCAAGGAGGCCGUCAGCAUCCUGAGAGCGUUCAUGACCAAGAACCCCCACAAGCGCCUGGGCUGUGUGGCGGCCCAGAACGGCGAGGACGCCAUCAAGCAGCACCCGUUCUUCAAGGAGAUCGACUGGGUGCUCCUGGAGCAGAAGAAGAUAAAGCCGCCCUUCAAGCCUCGGAUUAAAACCAAAAGAGACGUCAAUAACUUUGACCAAGACUUUACCCGGGAAGAGCCGGUACUCACGCUUGUGGAUGAAGCGAUUGUGAAGCAGAUCAACCAGGAGGAAUUCAAAGGCUUCUCCUACUUUGGUGAAGACCUAAUGCCCUGAGCGGUCCCUCCAGGUGGAGCCUGUUGAUGCUGCAAGAGGGGUGCCGAGAAGAUUGCUGUUUUCCAGAGGCUCAGAAGGUCUUGAACUGCUUCUCCUGCCCAGAGCCCCAGUCCCUGUCCACUCUAUUUAUUGCAUUCCCUCAGCCCAGGCCUGCUCCUGUCUCCUCCGCCUGGUGACCAGACGGCAUUCUUGGUUCUUGGCUCACCAGGAAAGCGGCAUCGCGUUGGGUCAGGACACGUCGCUGUGUUUGGUCUGUUUGGCCUGUUUCCACUUCUCGGGGCUCCUGGCAGUGAAGCCACUUCAGUUCUUUUACCGCAAAGGAAAAUGUAAAAAGCAAACAAGGACACUCGGGCUCUGCCAUUGGACAUAGAGUCCCAACAACCCCUGUUCUUAUUCCUCCAGCCCCCCGCCUGCCCCCGCUGCCCUCUGCCCAGGAGAAGAGACUGUGCUUCCUCAGCGUGAGGGUGGGCACCUCGAGGCGUGCCUGCGAGGGAAGGAGCCGAGAUCCCGGUGGCUGCCUGUGCUGGUUUGUCUGGAAUGGCUGAUCCUUGCUUGCUUUGGUUUUGGCUUGGGGGCAUGCCAGAGUCGUGGAAGCAUGUAUCUUGUGGAAGAAAUCUCUUUUUGAAAAAGAAAUUCAAUUUUGAACUCUCUUAACAUUUGAAAAAUAUAUUCUCAAAUUGGCCAAGAGACAGGAAUUCCAGUAUUAAUACAGGUUGAUAUUAAAGGGCUAAUAUGCAGCGAGAGCCCAGUUGUCCCAGGUUUGCAGUGGUCCUCAUUAUUGAAGCUCCGCCCGAACACGAAGGCCGCCACCGAUGGCCAAGACCCGGGGUUCUCACAAAACUCCGCUCCCAAAUUCUCCUUCCAGUUUCAUCAUAGGUUCCCAGCCUAAACUCUAUUUAUUUUCCGCAGCAGUGUGUUAUUUUUGCGCACUUCUACAAAAUGGUAGUACUACUGUGUCGUGGUUUUUCAACAUUAAAACAUGUAAAGUUGAAUAUGAAAUAUCCGCUUUUGGAACAGGCAGAAUGAGGUUGAACGUGGGUCAUGCGGAGGGUGUCGAGACUGGAAAGCAGCUGGCUUGAACGCUGACGAUGUGGCGAGACGGACGGGAGGCUUGUUUCUGUGCCACACGUCAAGGCAACUCAUGUGGACACUGUUUAAUGGAUGCGAUGUUACCUCCUGUAGAUAUGCUAACAGUGUUACAUUCUUUGAUUCCCAAGGGUUCUCUGUGGCUUUGUGUAUAUGCUCCCCGGAGGUCAUUUGAUUACCUAUUUUCCUGAACUGAUUUCGCAGGGAAUGGAAUCCAUUCCAAACGUUGCACGUGGAUUUCCCAGCUGCCCCUAAAUAUAUAUACUUGUGAGUGGCAAAGUGGCACUAAUGAAGCUUUUUGCCUUUUGUACAUUUGAGAUUUUUGUAUAUAGUGUUUGCUGCAAGGCCUGUGGAAUUAAUUCAUUGAACUUAGAGGUAUCAACUGCUGCAUGUUCAGGCAUAUUAUAAAACUUUAGUCUAUGAAAGAAUAAGUCUAAAAAUGUCCAGGUGCAAUACUCUGUUUGUGUAUUGGUUCAAGUUACCGAGAGAUAAGGUGUGUUUGUUUCUUUCGGGGGAGGGGGGCUCCUUUGUAUUGUUUAUUUCAUUUUGGUUUGUUUUAAAAGAUGUAAACAUAUAUUAAGCUAUAUUAAAUCUCACAUAUAGUUCUCCUGUGCUCUAUUGUGCCCUGAUAGAGAUGGGGAAGAGAAAGGAAUGUUUUUGAUGGUGGUGUCAAAGCUUGGACAGUGACUAGCUGAGCCCAUAAGGAAUCAGUGUCCACAUUUGCACCUGGCUGGUCAUAGCCUUUGUUACUAAUGGUGACAUUCAGUUCUCUUUUGUUUUUAUUUUUUAAAAACUCAGGUGUAAUUAUUAUCUGUUCUUACGAUAAUUUCAAAUAUUAUGCUCUAUCAAUUUGUGUGUUUGGCAUACCAGUGAAGUGAUGAAGAACAGUAGAUUAACUUAAUUUAUCUUCGGUAACUUGACGUACUGGGGAGAGACUAUCUUCUGGAGUUGAGUACAAGCACAGAAACAUCUUCACGGUGGCAUCAUCUCAUUUUUUUAGGAAGACAUGACAAUACUGCCCAUCAGACUCAUGCAUCACUACUGCUCUCUCUUCCCCCCGCUUCCCUCACCAUGAUGAACUCUGAACGACCAGGCAAGCUCCACCUGCAAUGCCAAAUGGCCUUGUCCCAGGGCUUGGUGUGCCCAUGUCGGCGGGGGUUGGGACGUUCCAACAGGACAACUGGCAUUUUUGCUGGGAAGUCAAAUAAUAAUACAUUCCACCCAGCACUCAGUGAAUAGGUCGCCUGGCCCAGAGACACCCCUUGCCAGCACCCAAAGCCCCACGCUUGCUGGGACACCGCCUCCUUGGAGCAGGAGCUGACCAAGUUCUCACACUGGCAGAUUCAAAUCCCAUGUAGUCUAUAGGAAAAAGCGUGUGUGUUCCUUGAGUAUUGAUUGUUUCAUUUUAGUUUUCACGGAGUUUGGAAGCAGACACACUUACAUUUCUGCUGAUUCUUUCUAAUCUUUCCAGCUCUCUCUCUCUCUCUUUUUUUUAAGAAAAAAGAAAAUGGAGUGUAAAAAAAAAUAAUAAAAGCCAAAAAAAUAUAUAUGAAGGAUAGCUGUCCUCCUGUGUUCUCUCGUUAUGGAAGUGAGAAACCUUGUGAAAUGGAAACAUAAUGUUUUCCUCCAAAGGUGAAAAAAAUCAAUGCAUUCUUGCUUUAAAAAGAAAAAAAAGAAGAAGAAGAAAGCUAAAAAAUUACCUCUUUUUAAAUUAUGUGCAAAAUAAUUCUGGCUAACUAGAAAAUGUAUUCAACUUUAGGGAUUUUUUUGUAUUGUGAUGCUUUAUUUGUACAUUUUUUCCCCUUUCUGGAUGUAAUUUUAACCUCUUGCCAUUCAUUAGUGUUAUUUCAUUGUAAACAUUAUUGUGCCAAAUGUACUGUAUUCAAAAGGAUGUGAAUGUGUAUUGUUUCAGAACCUAAUAAAUACGACGAUGUUAAAUCUUA